AUGGCUACCGAUCUUGCCCAUGAAUGGGAGUCGAUUCCAGAAUUGCGGAGGCUAGCUCAGAAGCUACAGCUUGUGCAAGUAUCUGGGCAGGGGACAACGCGGGAGAACAUCGUCACAAAUGAGUUGGUGCUGGGCCCGACGCUGCAAAACUUGGGAAUGCGACCCAGUGUGCAGACAUGCAUGCUGCACGUGAAGGCUCUCUAUGACCUCAUGCAGAUUCCUGUGCCGGGUGCUUCGGUUUACACCCAGGGAUGGAGUUUGCGCCGCAUGGUAAGUUUGUUCAACCUCAUAGUGCGCCGGGGACAUGUUCCUCGUGAGGAGGCGAUCCGCAGGUUAAUGGGCAAAGUCGGCCUAGUGGUGGAACCAAACUCUGGUGAAGCGGAGGAUGGAUCAUGUAGUGAUCUAGAUUUGGAGGACGAAGGAGGAGAGUCGGAGCAUGAUGCCACUGAUGACGAAGUGGUUGAAGGUGGCUACUCUUGA